AUGAAUGCUUCGAAACCGUCGAUUUGGUUAGAAUUGGCUAAUGCGCAAGAAAAGGUACACCAUUUACCUCGACAGGACUCUUCGCAGUUAACCACAGCAUCGAGUGACACCGAUCUCACGCACAUUACCACCACCACUUCAUCCAUCCGAACUGCUCCUCCCUCUAACCCAAGAAAGUCUACAUCCUCAAGCUCCAUUCAGAAAAGAGAGUCCGAUAUUCGACUGCAGUACAACCAAAGACCUGAAAAAGUCCCGGAUAUUGCUGCUGAAAUGGAAAAAUGGUAUGCUACCACAGACAGGUAUAUAAAAGAAGGCCUCUAUUGUGUAGUGAAAUCAAAAUUUAAUAAUUCUCUUUGGACGCAGGAAAAGGAAGUGGAGCGAUCAGAGAAAUGGGCUGAUAUGUCAGAGGUGGUGCUUCUGCAUAACGAUCAGGUGCAUAGCUUUCCUUUUUCGCAAAAAUUCAAAUUAAGAGUCUUCAAAGGUAUCCCUUAUUGUUGGAAAAGAGACGCUUGGUAUUUCCUCAUCACCCAUUGUUUAAAAGAAGCAAAAUCAGACUAUAAAUUAUGCAGUCUCUAUCGAGACUUACUCUCAAAGGAAUCUUCUCAUGAGCGACAGAUUGAUCUGGAUAUACCAAGGACACUAGGCGAUCACAUCAUGUUUAAACAGCGUUACGGAAAAGGUCAAAGAGCCUUGUUUAAUGUACUACGAGCAUUUUCGAAAUUCGAUGAAGAAGUGGGUUACUGUCAAGGCAUGACAAACAUCGUAGCCACUAUCCUGAUGUACUGCGAAGAAGAAGUAAAUACUUACUUUUUUUUUUAA